CCCACUCUCAUUCGUUCGGGCAUGCUGCAGGAAGUGCUGGAGUUUCUUCGCCUGAGCCACACGGAGGAAUGUGACGGCGAGCUGCUGAGUCCAUUCUGCGACCCGUACGAGUUCUACAUGUCCUUGGGCAUUGUGGUGGCGACCAUAUGCGUGGCCGGGAUGAUGGCCGGCCUCACGAUGGGAUUGCUCAGUCUCGACAAACUCAACCUUCAAAUCCUCCAACUUGAGGGCACAGAUGUGGAAAAGGAGCGUGCGAGUCGGGUGCUUCCGCUCAUCCAGCGGCAUCAUCGUCUGCUCGUGACGCUGCUUCUCUUCAACGCCGCCGCGAACGAGGCGUUGCCGGUAUUCCUUGCGCGGCUCGUCCCCGAGACGCAAGCGAUUGUCAUCUCCGUCACGUCCGUGCUCAUGUUUGGUGAAAUCCUUCCGUCGGCCGUGUUCACAGGCAAAAGUCAGCUUGCGAUCGCGGCGGGCUUCGUUCCGUUUGUCGAACUGAUCAUGAUCCUUGCGUUUCCGAUUGCAUUUCCUAUCUCCAAGAUGCUCGACUGGUGCGUCGGCGAAGACCACGACGUGACGCGGUACAAGCGCAAGGAGCUCAAGGCGCUAGUGGCGCUGCAGAAGGAGGCGCAUCCGCUGCCGUGUCGCGGCUCGAUGCUGUCGUACUCGCCGUCGAAGAACGCCAUGAGGGCGCGGCGAUCCGCGGGCUUCUACAGCGCCGUGGCCGAGCACCUUCUCGAUGAAGUCGACCACGUACUCUUGCCACAUGCGACCCACCUCCACACGGACGAGAUCACCAUCAUCCACGGCGCGCUGGACCUGACGACCAAGACCGUGUGCGACGUCAUGGUGCCGUGGUCCGAGGUGUUCAUGCUGGAUGAAGACAGUCGUCUCACUAAGGACUGCCUCGCGCACAUCCUCUCGUCCGGCCACUCGAGGAUCCCCGUCUACAGAAAGCACCGUGUCAAUGUCGUCGGCCUGCUGCUGGUGAAGCGGUUGAUAGUCCUCGACCCGUCGGACGCGCGGCCCCUGCGCGAGCUCAUGCUCAAGAAGCCCAUCGUCGUAUCUCCCGACUUUAGCUGCUACGAAGUCCUAAACGAGUUCCAGAAGGGCCGCAGCCACAUGGCGCUCAUCACGCCGCAGGUGGGGUACGUCCAGCACUGCUGGGUCACGGGCGAGCCACUCGAGCCGGACGACGUCGAGUUUGUCGGGAUCAUCACCAUCGAGGACGUGGUCGAGGAGUUGAUCCAGGAGGAGAUCCAGGACGAAACCGAUAGAGCCGACGCCAACGUCCGCCGCUUCGAAGCGCAGGCGCGCGGCCUCCACAAGUGCGACGCCCGCCUCCGCGCAUGGGCCGCCCGCGCUCGGCGCCGCGUACAGAUCCGCCGCGCCAAGAGCGUCAAGCGGCUGUCCAUUACCCCGCGAAACUCAAAGGUCAAACGGCACUCUGUCGACCAUGCGACAGUGCACGACGUGAGUGCGCCCAGUCCGACGUCGUGGGCCAUCUCGAUGCCAUCCGAGUCGUCGCCGUUGUUGUCGAGAAGCACGUAGUAAUAGUAGUAGACACAUAACUGAAUCUAGUAUAUACGACAAAGUACUGGUAGUAGUACUAGUUGUAGUAGUUUCCACUAACGUUAUGUUUAAUUUACUUUCUUCUGUCGGA